CCGACUCCAUUCUGUCCACUUGAUUUGAUUGUUGUUGUUUGAAGUUUUGAAUUUGAGGAACCCCUGCAUGAGGUCAAAAGUGAUAUAACAUCAUCUCGUUGCUAUUUCUAUUUUCUCAGUUUAUUACCACAAGUGCUUAGUGAUAGACAUGGCGGCCAAUGGAAAAUUAGCUCUCCUCAGUGUGUCAGACAAGGCAGGUCUUUUGCCUCUGGCUAAAUGUCUGUCAGAAAUUGGCUUGACCUUAGUAGGCAGUGGGGGAACAGCAACGGCACUCCGCAAUGCUGGCCUGAAGGUCUUGGAUGUAUCGGACAUCACUGGAGCCCCGGAGAUGUUGGGUGGACGCGUCAAAUCACUGCAUCCUGCGGUGCAUGGCGGAAUAUUGGCAAGGUUAUCAGACUCCGACCAGGCGGACAUGAAACGCCAGAAGUUCGACAUGAUAAGCGUGGUUGUAUGCAACCUAUACCCUUUCGUGGAGACAGUCUCCAAGCCAGACGUAACUGUACCCGAUGCCGUAGAGAACAUAGAUAUUGGCGGAGUAACGUUGUUGCGAGCCGCGGCUAAGAACCACGAUAGAGUGACCGUGAUAUGCGACCCUGGUGAUUACGAUACAGUUAUCAGUGAGCUGAGAAAGAGCAAAGAUCAUCAGACUUCAUUGGAGACAAGAAAAACCCUAGCUCUGAAAGCAUUUACGCAUACAUCAGAGUAUGACCUCGCUAUAUCGGAUUAUUUCCGCAAACAGUAUUCGGCCGGCCGGUCGCAGCUCACCUUGAGAUAUGGCAUGAAUCCCCACCAAAAACCUGCUCAAGUUUUCACAACACGGGACAAACUGCCUCUAACCACUCUCAAUGGGUCUCCUGGCUACAUCAACCUAUGCGAUGCUCUUAAUGCUUGGCAGUUGGUAAAGGAGCUGAAGGAAGCCCUGGGGCUCCCGGCUGCGGCUAGUUUCAAGCAUGUCUCGCCUGCUGGGGCCGCUAUUGGGUUGCCUUUGGAUGAAGAAGAGGCGGGAGUAUGUAUGGUGAGUGAUUUACUCCCCAAGCUGUCUCCGCUGGCGUGCGCGUACGCACGAGCUCGCGGCGCCGAUCGCAUGAGCUCGUUCGGCGAUUUCGUCGCGUUAUCUUGCGACUGUGACGAGCCAACGGCUAGGAUCAUAUCAAGGGAAGUAUCAGAUGGAGUGAUCGCCCCGGGGUACACCCCAGCGGCUCUUGAGAUUCUGAAGAAGAAGAAGGGAGGCAACUAUUGCGUGCUACAGAUGGAUGCAAGCUACGAACCGGAUUUAAUAGAACAAAAGACUAUCUACGGCCUCACCUUGGAACAGAGAAGAAACGAUGCCAAAAUCACUCCGGAGCUGUUUAAAAAUGUGGUAACCGAUGUCAAGAGGAUGCCAGAAAGCGCUAUAAGAGAUCUAAUUGUAGCCACCAUAGCACUGAAAUAUACGCAGAGUAAUUCUGUGUGUUACGCUAAAGAUGGACAGGUGAUCGGCAUCGGCGCUGGACAGCAAUCUCGCAUACACUGCACUCGUCUAGCUGGCGGCAAGGCCGCGUUGUGGUGGACUCGCCGCCACCCUCGCGUGCUCCACAUGAAGUUCCGGCCGGGGGUCACUCGCGCCGUGCAGUCUAACGCUAUCGACAAUUAUGUCAAUGGCACCGUGGGUUCUGACCUACCGUUUGAGCAGUUCAACUCUGUUUUCGAUGGUGCCCCUCCCGCGCUCUUGACCUCAGAGGAAAGAGAGGAGUGGGUCAAGAAGAUGGACAAUGUGGCCCUGGCCUCUGACGCCUUCUUCCCGUUCAGAGACAACAUCGAUAGGGCUGUGCAGUGUGGCGUAAAGUACAUCGGCAGCCCGGCAGGAUCGAACAAUGACGAAGAAGUGAUCAAAGCGUGUAAUGAACAUAAAAUUGUAAUGUCUCAUACCAACCUUCGGCUUUUCCAUCAUUAAUUUUAUAAAAAUGUGCUAGUAAUUUGGCACAGAAUUUAAAAAUCUUUUGAAGAAUCUGACUCCCUCAUAAUCUCAGUUUCAUUGGAGAACAUAAAUAUUUUUUAUACAGCGCGUAUUUCUUCUUGUUGGAGUUUCUCUCAAUAAGGGGACUUAACUGCAUCAUUUCCAUUUUAACUUUCGACGCCGCUGUUCGAAAUAGCGUGAAAAUUCCAGAAUUAAAAAACUUUUGAAGUGUGUUCAUACAUUCCAAAUACAAAAUUUGUUUGUUAUUUUAAUAAAAAAUUACUCAUAAAAAGGAAAUUUAAGGCAGCGCCUUAUGUAAAUUAAUGAAGCAACAUUCCUUUAGCGGUGAUAUAAGUCUUCCAAAUGUUUUAAUAAGAUAUUUUAUCGUUAUGCCAUACAUACAUCAAAAUCUUGUAAAGAUGAAUGGUAACUGAUUAUGGAUGUUUUAUAUAUAUUUUUUUAAAAGGUAAUACCUAAAUAUACAGAGAGGUUAAAUUGAUCGUGUGUUAUUAUUAUUACAUAAUAAAUUCAGCAACACUAAGGGUAAGAACUAUUAUAUUAGUAUAUAAGAAAAAAUAUACAUUUAUUAAGAAUCUGAGGAUAAAAACUUGUAAAGCUUUUCAAUAAAAAUUGUAAUUAAUAAAA